AUGGAGCAGAACACUCUUACCCAAGUUGUCUUUGGCAUCAUAGCGACGAUCACUUCAAUCAUUGCCAUUGCCGUUGCCAUCGCAUAUCGGCAUCGUCGAGGUUCUGUCCCACAUCAUUCAUCGACGAGUCUGCUUCCCCCAUGCACUCACCGACGGGCGGAAACACGAGCCGGACUUAAAGCCGUCGUCACGUCCUUCUGCGCAACCUCAUCCGCUCUCGUGCUUCGACUUAACAGCAUCUUCAACGUGCCCUCGCCAACGUACAUCGAGCUAUCUGCGAUACCGGAUGAACCAUCGGACGACCCCACGCCAUCCAUUGCAGCGCUGAACGGUCUUCCACGAGGCACCCGACACAUGCGGACGAUGUCUCUGCCAAUGCUCCCUGUCUACAACAAGCCAUCUCAGGACUAA